AAAGUAUUAAGUUAAAAGUGUCAAUUAAAUGUUAGAAACAUAAAACAAAACCAAAACUUAAUAUUUUCAAAUUAUUUAUAGAAACAAAUAUUAUAAAAGUCCAUCAAACUUGAAUUGAACUGGAAAAGUAUUUGCGAUGUGGUGUCUUUCGGUGUUCAUUUCUCUCAUUCUGUUUGAAAUUAUUAGUUCUACUGGUUAUGACUAUGCAGUUUGUUCCGUAUGGAAAGAUCAUUAUUCUACAUUUGACGGAUAUUUUUUCAAAUUUAAAGGAACUUGCAGUUAUGCCUUAGCCAUAGAUUGUCGACCAGGUUUUGAUGAUUAUGGAAUUCACGUUGAGCAUGAAGAAAACUGUAAAGUGCAACCGUGUAAAAAAUCUAUAGGCAUAUUUCUUGACGAUGAAUAUUAUCACAUCUCAUCUCAAAGUAAAGUUUCGAAAAACAAUAAAGCCCUAGUUCUGCCAUUUUCAAACAAAGUGGUAACCAUUACCCAACGUGCAGAUUACACUUUUGCUGAAAUUUACGGCGGAAAAAUAGUAUUAAAAUAUAAUAACAAAGAAGAUUUUUACAUCAAUGUUGCUGCAGAAUAUAGAAAUGGUACAUGUGGUCUUUGUGGUAAUUAUAACGGUGAAUCUGACGACGAUUUAGACUUGAAAUCUCCAGAAGUGUUUGGUGAUAGUUGGGGUAAGCCAAAAGCAGGAGAAACAUGCGAACAAACCGUUCCUGAUAAAAAUGAAUGCGAUACAUCAGAAAGUAACUUUGAUAAAAGUUGCGAAAAUCAGAUAAACAAUGCAUUCAGUGAGUGCAUCUCCAGUCUAAAUAAAAAUCUUUUUCUAGAUGUGUGUUCUGAAUUAGUUUGCAAUAAAAAUUUUUCUGAUGACAAUCUUUGUGAGAUACACCAACACCUCUCUCAGAUAUGCAAACAGAAUGGAAUUCAUGUUGAUUGGAGAAGUCAAGAUUUUUGUCCAAGAAUUUGCCCGACUAGUUUUGUGUACAUGGAAUGUGGUCCAGUUUGUAUUUCAACUUGUGACAAAAAUGGAAUAAAUAAAUUAUGUAAGGAAGGAUGUUUAGAAGGUUGUUACUGUCCACAGAAUACAGCUUUAUCAAAUGGAAAAUGUGUACCCACUGGAGAAUGUCAUUGUGAACAUAAUGGUCAUCAAUACAAUCAUGGUGAACAGAUACUUUCACAUUGUGAUCAAUGCACUUGUUUUGGUGGUAAAUGGAAUUGUAAUGCAACUGAAUGUAGUGGUCAUGCAUUUCUUUAUGGAGAUGGUCAUGUGACAACUUAUGAUGGAAAAGAGUAUGAUUAUCCUGGCCUACGCCGUUAUACAUUCACUCAAGAUGACAGUGGAUUGUUUACUGUUGAACUUGAUAGAUGUGCUUGUAAAGAAAAAGACUGUUUUAUGAAUGUUUACAUUUCUUUUAAAGCCAUGCCAAUAAUAUUUUCACAUAAUAAAUACAAUUUUACUGUCUCAGUUAAUGGUUUAAAGGUAAAUGUUCCAUUCAUCUCUGAUCGUGGUUUUUCAAUUGCGCAUAGUUCAAAUAUAUUUUUAAAUUUUAAAAGCAUAGUUGGUUUUGAAGUUUUAUGGGAUGGUAGAUCAAGAUUGUAUGUGACUGCACCAGGUAGUUUUAAAAAUAAAAUGGCCGGCCUUGCUGGGGACUUCAAUUUAAAAUCAGUUGAUGAUUUUAAAACUUCUAGUAAAGAUCUUGCACAUUUUGCAGUGGAUUUUGCAAACUCGUGGACUUAUGCUCAAGAUAACUGCUCCUUGAUUGAUGUUGAUUAUCGGUUAACUAAUUGCGAAAAGAAUCAUCAAAUUGCAUCAUAUGCAAAAACAGUUUGUUCUCAACUGUUAUCAAGUGAGUUCUCUUUAUGUCACAAAGUCGUUGAUCCCACUCAGUAUGUUGAAAACUGUUUAGAAGAUGUUUGUGGCUGUAAUGGACGACAAGAAUGUUUAUGUGAUGUUUUAACUGCGUAUUCUAGACAGUGUUCACUUAGUGGAGUUGUUUUAAAAGAGUGGAGAAACAAUUCUUAUUGUAAUUAUAUUUGUGAUUCGCCAAAUCAAGUAUGGAGUGAGUGUGUGACACAAUGUACAAAAACUUGUUCUGAUGUGCUAUCUCCUGAUCCUUCUUGUAAAGAAAACACUUGCGUUGAAGGUUGUACAUGUCCAGAAGGACAUGUGUUUGAUGAAAGCACAAGCAGUUGUAUUCUUAAAAGUAGAUGUGGUUGCAUGAGUGAAGGAGUUAUGUACCUUAAUGGAGAAAAACUAGAAAAGGGUUGUAAUACAUGUGAAUGUAAACAUGGGGUUUUUGUUUGUUCAGAAAAUCAUUGUGAAGAUGUUAGCAAUACAUGUAGUGGUGGAAAAAUUUGGAACAGUUGCAUAAAAACUUGUGGUGGUACAUGUAAAACAUUUGAUCAAGUAUGUAUAUCUACCAUUCCUAGUAUAUGUGUAGCAGGAUGUGAAUGUCCUAAUGGUACUCUAGAACACAAUGGUGUAUGUCUUUCUCAAUCAGAGUGCCCUUGUAUCCAUAAUGGGAAACAAUAUAAUCAAGGAGAGACCAUCAAUAAAGAUUGUAACAAAUGUAAAUGCUCAUAUGGCAAAUGGUCUUGUACAAAUUAUCCAUGCAAAGCAACAUGUUCAGUAUUUGGUGACUCUCAUUAUAAAACGUUUGAUAGCAAAUUGUAUGAUUAUCAAGGUCAGUGUGAACAUGUUAUGGUUUCAGACCUUUGUCAAAAUGGGGCUGCUACUAAUGAAAAUGUUCGUAUAACUGUGGGGUUGACAAGUUGUGGGUCAAUGGGUGUAGCCUGCACACGCGAAGUUACUGCUGUAAUAUAUGGUGCUACAUUUAAAAUGAUAAAGGGAGAUAAAAAAAUAAUUGUUCAAACCCCUGAAAAUUUUGAAGAUUAUCACUUUAAAAUAUUUAAGCAUGCUGGUAUAUAUGUUCAAAUAGUAUCUAGUUAUGGUAUUUCUUUGCUUUGGGAUAAUGGAACAAGGCUCUAUAUUUCUGUUCAACCAUUUUUUGAAAAGAAGCUUUGUGGUUUAUGUGGAAAUUAUGAUGGAGCAGAAUCAAAUGAUUUCUACACUCGUCAAGGUGAUAUUGCUGGUAACCCUAUAACUUUUGGGCAUUCUUGGGUCAAUGAUAACUCCUGCCCACUUGCUCAUGAAAUUAUUGAUACUUGUCAAAUUCGAUCACAUAGACAUGACCCAGCAAAGCAUGAGUGUGCAAUUAUAAAGUCAGAUUUAUUUAAAGAUUGUCAUCAUCGUGUUGAUCCAACUUACUUUUAUGACAAAUGUGUGUUUGAUGUUUGUGGUUGUGAUUCUGUAGGAGAUUGUGAUUGUUUGUGUUCAGCUAUUGCUGCAUAUGCCAAAGAAUGUUUAGAUGAAGGUGUUGCAGUGAACUGGAAAAAAGGUCACAGAAUAUGUGAAAACUUUAUGUGCUGUCCUAAAGGAAUGUCAUAUCAAACAAAAGGAUCUGGGUGUCCAAAAACUUGUCUAUAUCCUGAUGGAGAUCUACAUUGUCCAGUACCAUUUGUUGAAGGGUGCCAAUGUGAGGAAGGUUAUGUUCAGAAUGUUUCUGAAAAUAAUGAGGUUGUUUGCAUUAAAGUGUCUGAGUGUGAGGUUUGUGAGAUCAAUGGAAGAAGACUUAAAAUUGGAGAAAAAAUAAAAGACAACUGCAGAGAAUGCACUUGUAUGACAAAUGGUACAUUUAUCUGCACUGGACAUUCUUGUACAUCAACAACAACCAUUGAGUCUACCACAACCUGGACUACUACACCAACUACACUUACACCUACAAUAAUCUAUACAACAACAACAGCAUCUCCAAAAUCAGGUUGUGUGUACUUUGAUGGAUACAAAAAUAUAACUAUGGAGAUUAAUCAAGAAAUUUCAUUAAACGCAUGCAAUAAAAAAAAAUGUGUAUAUGAUAACUUUACUGGAAAUAGCGAAAUCAGCUCACAAAUAACUGUUUGUGAAAAAUUCUUGUGUGAAUCAGAUUGUACAAUUCCUGCAUCCAAACGUGCAGUUUCUGUUCUUAUUGAUGGAGAAUGUUGUCCAAAAUGUCAAAGUGUUGAUGAUAUUUGUCAAGGUGUUGGUUAUUUACCAUGUAACGGUAGCACUUGUAUUCCUUCAAAAUGGUUUUGUGAUGGAAAAAUAGAUUGUCCAAGCGGAAGAGAUGAAGAAUGCUGUCCUAUUUCUACCACAUCAGCUACAACAUCAUUAACAACGACAACUGAAAAACCAUGUAUUUAUCCCAAGAUUUUCACUGAAUGUUCACCAAUUUGUGAAAAAAAAUGUCACAGUUUAGGAGCAUGCAAGUAUAAUAAUGAUUAUUGUGUACCAGGAUGUGUUUGCCCUAAUGAAACUGUUUGGAAUGGUUAUGAUUGUGUUGACAUGAAAAAGUGUAAUUGCUUGAAAUCAAAUGGAGAUAUUGCUGAGCCUAAUGAAAAGUGGGAAGAAUCAAAUUGUUCCAUAUGUCAAUGUAUAAGUAACGCUAUUGUUUGUGGUCCAAAACCAUGUCCUGAAAUUACUUGCGAGCCUCCAUUAAUAAAGUCGCAAAUACCAGGAGAAUGUUGUCCUGUUUGUGAACAAAUUUCAACUACUUUGAUCCCAACUACUCUGAUUACAACUGAAAAAUGUGAUUGUUCUGUAUUGGUUCCUCUGGGUCUUAGUGAUGGCACAAUAAGCGAUCGCAAUUUUUAUGCUGACUCAGUUUUAAAUAACAAACCCGGUCCAUCUUUUACUGGAGCAAGUGAAGCCAGGCUUCAUAACAAGCCAUCAAAGAAUGGUGAAGGAGCAUGGGUUCCUAAAGAUAUAGAAAGUUGUCUUUCUAUAAAAUUUGAUAAAUUAGAAGCACUGAAAGAAAUGCAUACUCAAGGUCAUCCAACAAAGAAUUAUUUUUCAAGACAAUAUUACAUAGAAUAUAAAACUCAUGAAGAUGAUCCUAAAUACAAGAAAUUUUACUUGGAUGGUGAAAAUCUUAUUGAAGGAAAUGUUGAUGAAAAUACUGUCAAAAAAACAAAAUUAAACAUUAACGCUCGAGUUAUCAAGAUUUGUCCAGUAAAUGAAGAAUCUGAUGAUUGGCCAGCAUUAAGAGUAGAAUUCUACACAUGUCCACCAUGUGGAUCAACAUCUACUCAAAUAAUAACUGAAACAACUUCUACUCAAACUACACAACCUAAUAUAGUAACUACAACAAAAGAAACAGAGCCUGUUACUGAUACAACGACAGUUUCAAUAACAACAUCAACAACUUUUGAACCAACAACAACAUCUGAACCAACAACAACAUCUGAACCAACAACAACAUCUGAACCAACAACAACAUCUGAACCAACAACAACCUCUGAACCAACAACUACUUCUGAACCAACAACCACAUCUGAACCAACAACCACAUCUGAACCAACAACAACAUCUGAACCAACAACAACGUCUGAACCAACAACAACAUCUGAACCAACAACAACAUCUGAACCAACAACAACAUCCGAGCCAACAACAACAUCUGAAUCAACAACAACAUCUGAAUCAACAACAACAUCUGAACCAACAACAUCAAUUACAACAACCGCUACACAACCUAAACAUUCACCAACUACAUCAAUACAUAAUAUUACAACGACUACAACAUCUUUUACAACAACAAAAGAUCCUUUUGCAAAAACUACAAAAACUCCUUUAACAUUUCCAACUGUUACAACCACUGAAAAGCCAAAAUGUGAUUGUUCUAUAUUGGAUCCUAUUGGUAUUAGCGGUGAAAAUUUGAGAGCAGAUAAUGUUUUUUCUGAUAAACCUGGACCAUCAUACACUGGUGCAAGUGAAGCUAGAUUAAAUAACAAGCCAUCAAAAAAUGGUGAAGGUGCAUGGGUUCCAUUGGAUAAUGAAGGUUGUCUUUAUGUAACAUUUAAUAAAUUGGAGGAAAUAAAGGAAAUGCGAACUCAAGGCCAUCCAUCAAAAGGACUUUUUUCACGAAAAUACACUAUUAAAUAUAAAUUGAAUGAUUCCAAAGAUUCUCAAUGGAAAAGUUUUCGGCUGAAUUCUAAAAGUAAAUUUGUUGAAGGAAAUAUUGAUGGAAACACUGUGAAAACAACUAAGCUGAAUAUUAAUGCUCGUGUUAUUGAAAUUUGUCCGAUGAAUGAUCUAUCACUUGGUGAUCCUAUUUUACCAGCAUUAAGAGUAGAGUUUUAUGUAUGUCAACCUUGUGGAUUAACAACAACUCAAAUAUUAACUGAAACUACCAUUACUCAAACAACUCAACCUGGAAAAGUUAGUACAGCAACAACAAAAGAGCCAGAUACAACCACAGUCUCAACAACAUCUAGCACAACAACAUCUGAAUCAACAAUAACAACUGAAACCACAUCAACUGAAACCACAUCAACUGAAACUACAACAUCUGAGUCUACAACUGAAACAACAACUUCUGAGUCAACAACAUCCAAAUCAACAACGUCUUCAACAGAAUCAACUUCAACAACAGCAUCUCCUGAAUCAACUUCAACAACAGCAUCUCCUGAAUCAACUUCUACAUUAACGACAGCAACAAAAACUGAAUGUGACUGCUCUGUGUUGUAUCCAGUUGGUGUUAGUGAUGGAACAAUUCCCAAAGAAAAUAUGAAAGCUGAUUCAGUGUUGGUUAAUAAACCUGGACCGUUGUUUACUGGAGCAAGUGAAGCCAGACUUAAUAACAAACCAUCAGAAAAUGGUGAAGGAGCAUGGGUUCCUAAAGAUAUAGAAAGUUGUCUUUCCAUUAAAUUUAAUAAAUUAGAAGCACUGAAAGAAAUGCAUACUCAAGGUCAUCCAACAAAGAAUUAUUUUUCAAGACAUUAUUACAUAGAAUAUAAAACUCAUGAAGAUGAUCCUAAAUACAAGAAAUUUUACUUGGAUGAUGAAAAUCUUAUUGAAGGAAAUGUUGAUGAAAAUACUGUCAAAAAAACAAAGUUAAACAUUAACGCUCGAGUUAUUAAGAUUUGUCCAGUAAAUGAAGAAUCUGAUGAUUGGCCAGCAUUAAGAGUAGAAUUCUACACAUGUCCACCAUGUGGAUCAACAUCUACUCAAAUAAUAACUGAAACAACUUCUACUCAAACUACACAACCUAAUAUAGUUACAACAAAAGAAACAGAGCCUGUGACUGAUACAACUACACUUUCUGUUACUUCUAAAACUACAUCAACAACUGAAUCAACAACAACAGCUGAACCAUCAACAACUUCUGAGACAACAACAUCUGAACCAACAACAACAUCUGAGCCAACAACAACAUCUGAGCCGACAACAACGUCUGAGCCAACAACAACAUCUGAACCAACAACAACAUCUGAACCUACAACAACAUCUCAACCAACAACAACAUCUGAAUCAACAACAACAUCUAAGCCAACAACAACAUCUGAACCAACAACAACAUCUGAAUCAACAACAACAUCUGAACCAACAACAACAUCUGAACCAACAACAACAUCUGAAUCAACAACAACAUCUGAACCGACAACAACAUCUGAACCUACAACAACAUCUGAAUCAACAACAUCAUCAACAGAGUCAUCUUCAACAACUGUAUCUACUCAAACUGAAUGUGACUGCUCUGUGCUGUAUCCAGUGGGUGUUAGUGAUGGAAGAAUACAUAAAGAAAAGAUGAAAGCAGAUUCAGUUUUAGUUGAUAAACCUGGACCAUCUUUUACAGGAGCUAGUGAGGCUAGACUUAAUAACCACCCAACAGAACAUGGGGAAGGAGCAUGGGUUCCAAAAGAUUCAGAAAGUUGUCUUUAUAUAACAUUGGAUAAAAUAGAAGCUUUAAAAGAAAUGCGAACUCAAGGUCAUCCAACAAAGAAGCUUUAUUCAAGAAAAUUCAUUGUUCAGUUUAAAGUCAAAGAAUCUCAAGAUUGGGAGGAUCUAAUUGUGAGUAGUCAAAAACUUCUUGAUGGCAAUAUCGAUCACAAGAGUAUCAAAGUUACAAAAUUGAACAUUGUUGCCAAAUUUAUAAAAAUUUGUCCAACAAAUAACCCUGCUAAUGAUGAACCUCUUCCAGCAUUAAGAGUUGAAUUUUACACAUGUCCACCAUGUUCAACAACUACAAGUUCCUCUACAACUACAGUGAUAUUUACUGAAACCACAACCAUUCCUACAACUGAAGAACAUAAAGGUUGUCCCAGUGAACAGAAGCGAGGUAACUGUAGCACAUUAUUUGAGUGUGAUGGAUAUGACACUUGUAACAUCAAAAUACUUGUUAAUGAAUGUUGCUGUCCUGAUGGAAUGUACAGAAUUGGUGAUAAAUGUGUUGAGAAAGGACAUUGCCCUUGCAUAAACAAUGGAGAGAUAAUGGGCGAUAACUUGUGGUAUCAAAAUGAGUAUGAAAUAUGUCGAUGUAAUCAAGGUAAAAAACAGUGUGAAGAGCACUGUCCAAGCAAUCCAAGUUGCAAAAAGCAUGAAAAGGUUAUUUUCUCUCGACCUUCUGUGGAUGGAACAUGUUGCAAAUGUGUUCGUAAUUGUCAAUAUUGUAAACAACCAAUCAGUCAAGAGUUUGUUAAUGUCGGAACCAAGUGGUUAGCUUCAUUUGAAAAUGAUAAAUGUGUUGUUGGAGAGUGUGUUUUAGAUGAUGAUGAGGAAUGUGCUAUCAUUAACACAAGUACUGAAAAGUGUACUGUGCCAUGCUCUGAUGGUUUCAAAAGAGUUGGAAACAUAACAAAUUGCUGUGAUUGUGUUUGUGUGCCAUCUACUUGUAAAGAAAGGGAAGAAACUUGCUUACCGGAUGAACGCUUCAUUCGUUUGGAUGACCAAUGCUGUGGUUUUUGUGAAAAAAUACCAACUACUACUUCAUCAACCACUACCUUGACUGAAUCAACAACAACUACUACUACUGAAACGACAACUACAACUGAACCUACAACUACAACUGAAGUAACAACAACUACUACAACUGAACCGGUAACUACUACUGAACUUUCAACUACUUCAACAAUUGAAUCGUCAACUACAACUGAAUCGCCGACUACUACAACUACUACAACAACGACUUCUGUACCAUCUACUAGUUCAACUGUUGAAUUAACUACUACUUUACCUCCCACCACGUCAACAGAGAAAACUACGUUAACAACAACAUCUAUUACAACACCAAAAGUAUCAACAAUUACAACAACAGCAUCUACAACUCCGUUUCCUAAAACACCUUGCAAUGUUACUUAUACUAAACAAAAAAUAAAGUAUGGAUUUUGCACGUCUGUUUCAAAAGUAAAGAUAGGCUCAUGUUCCGGUUAUUGCGAAUCUUCUGCCAAUUUUUUAAUGUACUCACCUUACUACGAACAAGCUUGUAGAUGUUGUAAACCUGUUAGCUUUAAUACUAUUGAUGUAGAAAUGAAAUGUCUAAAGACUGGUUCAUCUACUCAAAAGAUAUCAAUCAUAACACAUUGUGUCUGCAGUGAAUGUCAUGAUAGCGGAGUAAGCACUUUAGCCCCAAAAACGACCCAACCAACAUCCGGAUCAGGAGAAGGAAGCGGGUCGGGUGAAGGAAGUGGUUCGGGUGAAGGAUAUGAUGGCAAGUCUGAAAAAAUAAAGGUACAAAAUCAUCGUUUAUUGCCAAGCGUAAAUAGUGCACGAAGAAAAAGAAGAUCUUUAUCAGAGAUGUUUUACAAAAUGUUUAUAGGGGAGAGUAAUUAACAUUUAUUUUGUUAAAAACACUUUUGAUUCGUGUUUUGUAACAAAUAUUUUGAUAUUGUAAUAAUUAUCUAGAAAUAUUUCUAAUACGAUGUUGCAAUUCAGGAAAA